UUCGUGUAAGAAAAUGAGGAUUAAUCCAGUUUUAGCCCUUUUCUUAAGUUAAUUAAAUUUUAUUAGUUUAGAAUUAAUGGUGACUCGGAACUUAUUGAUCUUCUUCCUUAAUGUUUAAUUCUUUUUCUUAACAAAUUCGUCUUUUAAAAAAUCUAUUUUUUAUAAAAGUGAUUCACCAUAAAACAAAGAACACAAAUGACCUUUCUUGAUUUUUUUUUUUUAUUUAAUCUCAACAAUCAAAACAAAAAUAUUACAGUAAAAUUUAUAUUUUUAUUUCUCUUAUCCAACUCAUUCAUAUUGUAUUUUGUUCAAAACAGUAGCAUGGUAUGACACUUUUCUUCAACAUUUAAAAAGAAAAAGAAGAAAAAAAAAGAAGGAAUGGUGAGCAUAUGCAGGAACUAAUAAGGUAGGCAAGGAAAAAAAUAAUAAAAUAUGGUAGGACGGUUAUGACGGCUCCAUUGAUUGACUUUCUCAGAAACUCAACUUCCGUUUGACCCAACCGAUUGUGAUUAAUAUUAUCGUCGUCCCGCGGUCCUCCAGCUGAUAGCAAACUAUAAAUAGCCCUUCAGUUUCAGUCUGAACCAUAAACUUCCUUAUUAAAAGAAAUUUUAAAGAAAAAAAAAAAGUAUCAACUUCGAAAGUUAAAAAAUGGCCAUGGAUAUCAGUAAUGCUUCAAGUUCAUGGGCCAUCUUCUGCUUAGCUAUAGCUAUCCUCAUCUCCACUAUGUUCUUGAAACACAAAUUAGUUCAUAACAAGAUAAAGAGAAGACUACCACCAGGUGAACUUGGACUACCUUGGAUUGGUGAAACAAUGGAGUUCUUCCAAGCCCAACGCAGCAACAGAUUGUUUGAAGAGUUUGUUCAACCCAGGAUUGCAAAGUAUGGCAACAUUUUCAAAACAAGGCUGAUGGGUUCACCAACAAUCGUAGUAAAUGGAGCUGAAGCUAACAGGUUCUUCUUGUCUAACGAGUUCAAGUUAGUUAUAAGCUCAUGGCCUACUAGUUCAGUUCAGCUCAUGGGGAAGAACUCUAUCAUGGAGAAGCAAGGAGAUCAGCACAGAUGCAUUCGUGGCCUGAUAGCCACUACUCUAAGCAAUGCAAGACUUGAAGUCUUAGUGCCAAAAAUGUGCCAGUCAGUUGAGGUGCACUUGGAGAAGUAUUGGAAUGGAGACAAGAAUGUUAGUCUUUACCGUUCUGCCAAAGCAUUGACAUUCACUAUAGUAUUUGAAUGCUUGUUAGGGAUCAAAGUUGAUGCUGGAACUUUGAGCACUUUUGAGAGGAUUCUUGACGGGGUUUUUGCAACUCCAUUUUCAUUACCUGGGUCUAGGUUUUCAAAAGCAAAGAAAGCAAGAAAAGAAGUAGAAAAGAUGUUGGUUGAACUUGUGAGAGAGAAGAGGAAGGAGAUGGAAGAAGGGUUGCAAAGAGUGGAUGACGGAGUGCUCCUUUGUCAAUUAAUUGGUGGGAUGAUAAGAGGGGAAAUUAGAGAAGAGGAGGUCAUUGAUAAUGUGGUAUUGUUAGUGUUUGCAGCUCAUGAUACCACCUCUUUUGCCAUCGCCAUGACUUUCAAAAUGUUAGCUCUGCAUCCAGACUGCUAUGCUCUCCUCCUUCAAGAGCACGUUGACGUAAUGAAGCAGAAAACGGCGGGAGAGAAGCUGACAUUGGAAGAUACGAAGAAGAUGAAGUAUACGUGGCAAGUUGCACGUGAAAGCAUGCGCCUUUUCCCUCCAAUCUUUGGCUCCUUCAGGAAAGCCAUUACCGACAUUGAAUUUCAAGGUUACACUAUACCAAAAGAAUGGAAGGUGCUGUGGACAACACAUGGAACACACUAUAAUGAAAAGCAUUUUCAAGAUCCACUAAUUUUCAAACCAAGUAGGUUCGAGGAGGCAAUUCCACCAUAUGUGUAUCUUCCCUUUGGAGGAGGACCAAGAUUAUGUGCAGGAUACCAAUUAGCCAAGCUUAAUAUCCUCAUUUUUGUUCACUAUGUUGUCACACGUUAUGAUUGGUCUUUGAUCUACCCUGAUGAGCAAAUCACCAUGGAUCCUCUCCCUUUCCCUUCCCAUGGAAUGCCCAUCAAAAUCUCUGCCAACCCUAGAGCAUAACCAAUGGUAGAAUGCUGAGAUUCAAACUACAUAAAGUCUAACAAUUUAGGUGGAACCUCAAGAAAAGAAAUAAUGUUUUUAAUUUUUCUAAAAAAUAAAAUGAUUCAUUAUUUUGAUCUAA